AUGGACAAGCUUCGAGAGCUUGGUAUAUCCGAUAUGGUUCCUCUUCCACAAAUGGUAGUCGUUGGAGACCAGAGUGCAGGAAAGUCGAGUGUCCUUGAAUCUCUUACUGGCUUCCACUUCCCCCGAGACGUUACUCUAUGCACCCGCCAUGCCACAGAGAUCAUCUGUCGCCGCGAGGAAACCUCAAAAAUCGUCAUCUCUAUCCAUGCUGUCGAUGCGGAUGAGGAAGAGGCCAGGUCCUUUCGUCGUACCGUUGAGAACCUUGACGCAAAGGAGUUCGGUCAGAUCUUCAAGGAUGCGGCUAAAGUCAUGGGCAUCGAAUCAGACUCUAACGGCAACACAAGCGGCUCAGCCUUCAGUCGUGACGUUCUCCGUGUUGAAAUCAGCGGGCCGAACGAGGAUCACUUAACAGUGAUUGAUGUCCCUGGCAUGUUUGAGAACGAAACCCCCGGAAUGACAACCAAGGCCGAUAUUGAGCUUGUGAAAAGUAUGGUCAAGCGAUACAUCAACGAGUCACGAACCAUCAUCCUCGCUGUUGUCCCUUGCAACGGCGAUAUUGCCAACCAGAAAAUCUUGACGUACGCCAAGGAGGCUGACCCCGAAGGCAAGAGAACACUCGGUGUCCUCACCAAGCCGGAUCUAGCUGUCGAGGAGGCUACCAAGAGAGUUGUCGUUGACCUUGUACUGGGAAAGCGUCGUGAUCUUCAACUCGGUUAUUGCGUCGUCAAGAACCGGGGCGCAGACGAUACCUCUUCUAGCCCAGAAGAUCGCAACCUCCAGGAGAGAAGCUUCUUCACGCAAGCUUCCUGGACCAAACUUCCUGCUGAUCGUGUGGGAAUUCCCGCUCUCAAGACACGUCUAGGACAACUCCUCAUGGAUCGCACAAAGAGCGAGUUUCCCAAAGUCCGGGCCGAACUUGGCACCAAGCUCAAAGAGUGCGAUAGUCUCCUUAAAGACAUGGGUCAAUCGCGCAGCACUGAAGCAGAGCAGCGUAUCUACCUCGGUAACGUCGCGGCCCAGUUCGCACAAAUCAAAAACUAUGGUCUUGACGCUUACUACACGCGCCACAAGAUCUUCGAGAAUGAGGAGCUCAAACUGAUCACUCGCAUUCGAGAGAUUAACGAGGGUUUCGGAAAGGUUCUCUACGAAAGGGGACAUACGCGGGGCUUCUUUAAGUCUGGCGAAGAGGAAGAGGUUGCGACAGAACCAGGCUCGGAAUCCGAAGCUUCUAGUGAUUGUGAUGAGAACCAAGACACCAAGAGAGGGGACCUGUACAAUGAAACGACCUUCACUAUUCCUUUACUUGGUGAAGAUGACUUGGAAGAUGAUAUUCUCUACGAUGCCUACUGCUGUCCCGAGCCUCAGGAAGAGGAUAUUAUGACAUAUAUCGAGAAGGAGUACUUGACCUCGCGAGGUUACGAGAUUGGAACUUUCAGUGGUGAGAUGGUUCCUAUCACAUUCAAGGAGCAAUCGAAGAAGUGGCGUCCCAUGGCUCAGGCGCACGUCUCUAAUGCCAUCCUCAUCGUUCACCAUUUCAUCCGCACCGUUCUCGACUCUUGUUGCGCUCAUUCUUCGAUCCGCGAUCAGCUCUGGGAUUACCUCCUCGAAGAUCUUCAAAAGCGCUACCGUCGUGCCGUCGACCAUGUCGAGUUCCUGCUCGAAGUCGAGUUUGAGGGGAAGAGCAUUACGUACAACCCGAACUUCAGUGACUCCCUCAGCAAGCUCAAGUUGGCCCAUGUCAAAGGCCUUGGCCAAGAAGUUCAAAACAUGCUGGAAAACCACCAAAUCAACAACUACCACAAGAAUUACAACGCAGGAAGCGCAGCUACGGCGGCGCGUGAGAUGAUCGAAAGGCGACUCAACAACGAAACUACUCUACAAACCACCCGCCGAGACAUUCACAAUGUUCUUUACACCUUCUAUGAAAAUGCACGCGGUCGCUUUGUAGAUGUUGUAUGUCAGCAAGUCAUUGACCACUUCCUCCUUCACGCCUCGGAUGGUCCUCUUGCUGUGCUUUCUGAAAAGAUUGCUCUCCAGAUGACUGCCGACCAGCUUGAGGCCAUUGCAGGCGAAGACAUGCUCAGCAGAGAUCGCCGCGAGAAGCUGACUCGCGAUAUUGGCAACCUGAAGGAGGCCCUCAAGGUUCUUCGCGGUUAA